AUGAACUUAUUCAACUCAGCCCUGGGGAAGAACAUCACUUUUGUACAUCCUGCAUAUUUCAUUAUAAGUGGAUUAUCUGGCAUCCGUAACAUCAAAUAUUACUAUGUCUUUCUGUUUAUUGUCUACAUUGUUUCCGUGCUGGGAAACACAGUAGUGAUGGCUGUUAUAUACUUAGAUCAUAAUCUAAGAGCACCGAAAUACAUUGCAGUUUUUAAUCUAGCAUUUGUGGACCUGUUUGGAAACUCUGCUUUGGUGCCAAAGCUUUUGGACAUCUUCCUUUUCAACCAUCGCUACAUCCCCUACAGUGACUGUUUGGCUUUCCUCUUUUUCUGCUACACCUGCCUUUCUAUGCAGUCGUUUAACUUGGUUGCACUCUCCUAUGACAGAUUAGUUGCCAUUAUCUACCCACUGCAUUAUCAGGUAAAGGUGACCCACAGGUUCAUGCUGUCUUUAAUUAUCUCCUUCUGGGUUUUUAUAAUAGUUGCUGUUAUUAUUGCGGUUGGACUUCUUACAAGACUUUCAUUCUGCAAGUCUGUAAUAAUCAAUAGCUACUUCUGCGACCAUGGCCAGAUAUAUCGGCUGGCUUGUAAUGACCAUUAUCCAAAUUAUGUCCUCAGCUGUUUGUACCCUGUUCUGAUGUUUUGGCUUCCUCUGGUUUUCAUCUUGUUUAGUUACCUUUAUAUCGGCUUUACUUUGGCUAAAGUGGCCUCGAUUCAAGAGGGACUCAAAGCUUUUAAAACCUGCAUAGGACACCUCUCUUUGGUAGCAAUUUACUUCAUUCCACUGCUGAUCACGUUUACUUUGAUGGAAAAUAUACAUCCUAACGCCAGGAUCUUAAACCUGUCACUGACCUCCAUCUUUCCACCCAUGUUGAACCCGAUCAUUUAUGUUCUACAAACACAAGAAAUCAAAGAAUCUGUGAAACGGAUAUUAAAGAUCAGAAAGAAGUCCAGAAUAUCUGGGAAAAAAAUAUUCACAGUGUGA